CAGUUUUUGCCCAGGUGCCCUGAGGGCUCCUGGAAGCAGCAGUGAGAUGCACUCUGGAGUAGAUGGCUCCCUUUCUCCGCCUCCAGCCUUCGAGUCCACUAAGAGGCAGCCACAGCCGUUCCCGGCCCCACACUUGGCCCUUCAGCAAGGCCUCCUCACCACAUCCUGAGCCUGUUCAUCCCCUCCUCCCUGAGGCCACCGCCCGGGUUCGCACCUCCUCAUCGCCUGGACCAUCCAUGGCAGAAACCUCCCACCUGGUCUCCUGGCCCCUCCUCAAUGAUCUCAACUCUGCCCACACCAGAGGUGAUCUCCUGAUCUCUGGCGUGAAUCACACUACUGUGCCCCCCAGCCCACCUGGCUUGCUGUCAGCGCAGGGUCCAGGCCCCUCACCCCUCCUUUACCCCCACCUCCCAGCCCCUCCCCAGUGUUCCAGCCCCACUGGCCUUCCUUUGCAUCUCCCGUGGUUGUGCCCCGCUCCUGCCCCAGGACCUUCGCACGUGCUGUCCCUCAGCCCUGCAAGAACCAUCUGCUGGAACGGAGCAGAGGCUGCCUCCUUUGGACGGGACCUGUACCCUCCACUCCCCUACCGCUGCACCACACCAAUCCAUCAUCACACUUAUGAUGUCAUCUUCUCAGAGGCAACCUGUAAACCCCUCGGGGCCCAGAGGCCACGCCUCACUCGACAGCUCGGGAGAGCCAGGCACAGGAGGAGAAGCAACUUGCCGAGGUCAGGCAGUGACAUGGAGCCACAGCCUGGCUUCCUGACACCCCUUCUGCCUUACCAGGCUGAUGCCCAGGUGGGGAAGCUGAGGCCCAGAGAGGAGGCAGUUCCUGGAAAGCAAGCGGGCCGAGUUCCUCAUAGAGAUCAGAAGAGCAACAAGAUCUCCAGGCCAGGGCAGAGGUCCCCACGCUGGACGCUGGUGACACUACCCCUGGGCAGGAAGGGCCGGGAGCAUGCAGAUCUCAGCCCUGAACAGCCUGUGCUCUCGCCUCGAGGUUCUUGCUAAUCCUCAGGACACCCCCGUGAAGUCAGUGAUAUUAGUCACAGAGGCCCAGAGAAGUGAAGUGACUUGCCCAAGGUCACACAGCCAGCAAGAGGCCAAGCCCAGAUUGAACCCCAGCCACCUGGCUCUGGAGCCUGCAGCGUAACCACAGCAGGGAACCACCACCGGAGACAGACAUCAACAGCCACUAGGAGAUGUUAACCAACAGCUGCGACGCAAGAGCUCAAGAAGGGAACUGGCUCCCAUUUGCACGGCAGAAGGAGCCAUGGUGGGACUCUGAUGUGGAGCCAGCCUUGAGCUGUACAGCCUUGAGCUGCAGAGCCAGGACUCUGCACAGCACCCGCCUUGGCCCCUUUAAGGCCUCUGCUCCUGGAUCUCCCAGGUAAGGCCUGAUGCUGGGCUGGAUGCCAGAGGGCCCUUCCUGUUGGCAUCUCUGCAAAGCCUCACGUGUUGUCUGAUGGCAACAUAGUACUGGGAGAGCCCUGGAGGCCUGGAGCAGGACCAAGGAACAGUCAAGUGGACAAAGGCCUUUCUGAGGAGGAAGCAGGUGACAGGAGGGAGCCCUGAGUGGCAGGACCAGCCCUGGGAAGGACAGUGUCCUUCACAGCUCAGAGGUCAGAGUUGAAUCAGGCCCACAAACCCUCCCUGAGCCUCUGCUCUGGGCUCCUCAUGCAUGGGCCUAAGAGCCAGGGGUGAUUCAAACUUAGGUAUUAAAGUGGGGGACAGACGCAGGUGGGUCCUUCAAGGGGGG